GUUGCUCUCAGCCUACUGCACCACGGCGCCAGCUUCCAGUUCCGGUUCCACCUCGCAUCAGCACUUUAGGUUUUUACGGCGGCGGGAAGUUGAUAUCAUCGAUUUUCCACCGUUUUGCUUCAAUAACGGACAAAGUUGGUAAUAAUCGGGACUGAAUAGAAACAAACAGAUGGAUCUGUAAGUGGAAGGAGGACUACAGUACUUGAAAACAACUCGGCGUCGCGGGAUUUAGUUACCAUGGCUAACCAGGCCGUUAGCAAGCCUGCGUCUGGAAAACAUGGAAACGUACUGCCCCUGUGGGGCAACGAGAAGACGAUGAACCUCAACCCAAUGAUUCUUACAAAUGUGCUGUCUUCACCGUAUUUCAAAGUGCAGCUGUAUGAGUUAAAGACAUACCAUGAAGUGGUGGACGAAAUCUAUUUCAAGGUGACUCAUGUUGAGCCAUGGGAGAAAGGAAGCAGAAAGACUGCAGGUCAGACUGGAAUGUGCGGAGGGGUUCGUGGAGUUGGCACCGGAGGCAUUGUGUCAACAGCCUUCUGUCUACUGUACAAACUGUUUACUCUGAAGCUGACACGCAAACAGCUGAUGGGCCUGAUCACUCACACAGACUCGCCCUACAUCCGAGCGCUUGGCUUCAUGUACAUAAGAUACACACAGCCCCCAGCAGAUUUAGUAGACUGGUAUGAUGACUUCAUGGAUGAUGAGGAGGAGCUGGACGUGAAGGCUGGAGGAGGCUGCGUGAUGACCGUCGGCGAGAUGCUGCGCUCAUUUCUCACCAAACUGGAAUGGUUCUCCACACUGUUCCCCCGCAUCCCUGUGCCUGUGCAGAAGAAUAUCGACCAGCAGAUGAAGGCUCGACCUCGCAAGGUGGUUCAGAAGGAGCCACAGGAGGAAGAGGAUACUUUCGAAGAAGCAGGGAGGCAAGCGGAGCGUCGGCGCUCCAGGACUCCCAGGCGAACACCAAGCCCCAGACGCUCUCCCAAGCGGUCGAGGAGCCGGAGCCACCAUCAGGAACGAGACCGCCACGGCCCCAGCUUUGAUCGCGAGCUAGAAAGGGAGCGGGAACGUCAGAGGAAGGAGCGUGACGGCAGGGAACGCGAUAGGGAAAGAGUGGACAGGGAGAGGAGGCGAUCCCGCAGCGCAGACAGAAACCACCCCGAGCGACGGGAACGCCGAAGAAGUCGCAGCGCCAGCCGGGACCGAAGGAGCGAGCGGCGAGACAAAGAGCGGGACGGAGGCGACGACCGCAGCAAGCGGAAGGACCGGGACCACCAUCGAGAUCGGCCCGCGGAGAGGGAGAGGUCCAGGGAGAGAAAGAGCAGGGGGGAGAGCGACGACAGGAGGCACAAAGACGACAGGGAGCGGCACAGAGACGAGCGCAAGGCCAAGAAGUCGAGCCGAAGUCGAAGCCGGGAGAGGCGGCACAGAAGCGGAGGCGAGGAAAAGACCAGGAAGCGGGAUGGCAGCCACAGCAGAGAAAAGGAAAGAGACGGAGAGCAGCGCGCUCACAAACGCAGUCGCAGCAAAGAGAGGAGCCAUCACCAGCGAGAGUUCAGUAACGAUCACGGCAAACACGCCGACCGACGGAGGAGUCAGAGCGUUGAGUAAAUGUCACCGCCUGCGUCUUUUUUUUUCCUCAUGUUUUCUAUCCAGUUGUUGAAAUUUCACUUUUUGUGAAACAGAAGGAAUGUCAUCAAACCUGGAUGUAAACAUGACUUUAUGGUUUUCUGCCUUCCUCACUUCCUAGUAGACCAUUGUUAGUCUUCACUUGACGUCUGAAAUGUGGGGAAAACAACAUUUUAAUUUUCUACCGUUGGUUGUUUUCGGCCUGGAAAAAUCUGAUUUUUGUGUAUAUAUUUUCAGAGACUGUGUUACACAUCGAUGGCCGGAAUCGCAUUCAUUUAACGGGGUGGGCACAAGCUUUGCAAAAAGCAAUCUUUAGCUGAAAAACCUUGAUUUCAAAAGAUGUCAAUAAUUGCAUCCAUGUGAAAUUAUGUUUGUAGACAUCCUGAGAAUGUUUUAAUCCCUCAAAGGAGAGUCUUCAAAGAGUACAAGUGAGCUCAUAAUGAGACCCCUGCUUGUCGUGUCUGGGUUCUUGCUCUGUUGCAUUUUGUUUUUCUAAUAAAACACUUUUACAAAUAA